UUUCUUUUUUUUAAAAAGAGAAUUUUGUAAAUAUUUAUUUUAUUUGUUAGGUCGAUAAUUUUGUAAUGAACGAGAAACUAAAUUGUGAUUUUUGAAUUUGUCCCGGUAGAAUAAAAAAAAAAUAUAUAUAUAUUUAUACAAUCAUGAGCGAUUCAUCGAAGGUUUUUUGUCAUUGUGGUUGCGAUGCUCCUGGGACAUUUAAACAAGAGGAAUCACCAAACGAGCCUUGCUGCUGUUGUGAUUAUAAUCCAUUUAGUGAUAAUUCAAAAGAUGCAGAAAUUUACGAUCUCCCCUUUGCACUUCGUAAAUUAACGGUCAUGAAGUGUCAAAUGAAAAAAUGGCGAAUGGAACGACUCCAAUUGGAAAGUGAAACUCGAUCUUUGAAACAGGCUCUCGAAAAAUAUGGUAUUAAUAUUAAUGAGGCGUUAAAACCCGAUCCUCUGAUUAUUCACUAUCGAGAAGAGAAUUUGAGACUUGAAAAUCUUAAUGACGAAUUGAAGGAUCAAGUAAAGAACCUCACAGAAACUUUGGCUGAACGAGAUUAUUCUGAUGAUCCAUGUGAUUCUGUAAAGUUCAUAAGAGAAAAGAUCAAAGACCUUCGCGAUGAAUUUUCCCAAGAGAAAAAGCAAUUGAGAGAAAAAAUAGCGGCGCUAAAUUUGAGAAUUGUUGAAAUGGAUGAUGACACAUCGUGUGCAGCUUUAAAUCGUUUGAGAGCAAAACUUCGAGAAUUGAUGAAAGGAGGCCAGAAAACUGACCAUGAAGUUUCGAUGGUGGUGGAAAAAUCUAUAGAAACUAUGAUGGAACUUUCGAAAAGUUGUUCGGAUUUAAAAUCGGAAAAUGAAAACCUUCUGGCUCAAUUGGAAGCCCUUCAAAGAAAAUUAGGUCCGGAUGGAGAAAAUUUUUCCGAGUGUCAUGAGAAACUUGAAAAAUUCGAAGCCCUUGUUGCUGAUUUGAAAAAAGAACUUAUUGAUAAGAAUCAAGUUGUCAGUGACCUGGAAAACGUAAAUUACAAUCAACGAAAAACCUCUGAACAACGGGAAGUUGAUUUAGAUAAAAUUACUGUCAGUCACAAAGCAUUGAUAAAUGAAGUUGAUGCAAUGAAAAAUGAAUUGAUGCAAAAAGAUGCAAAGGUCAAUGAACUCUUGAGAGAUUUGAGAGCAUCAACUGUGGAACGUUUGGGAAUGGAAAAAUUGUCAAAUGAAAUUGAAAUAUUGAAACCACAAUUGUAUGAUCUUGAAAUAGAAAAAAGUCAAUUGUUAGAAGAAUUGGGUAAAAUUCGUAACAUUGUUUCUGAAAGAAAUGAAAAAAUUAUGGAAAUUUUUGAAGAAAAACAAAAAAUUGGCGACGAAUGCAAUGUCAAAUUAAUUGCCAUUAAAACUAAAUUAGAUGCAUUAUUAAAUGAGGAAAUUGUUUAUAAAAAUAAAAUAAAAGAAUUGGAAAAUUUAAACGAAGAACUAAAUAAUAAAUUAAAUGAAACUCAAAAUAAAAUUAUUGAAUUAGAAGGAAAAAGUAGUGAAUAUGAAGAACUUAUGAAGAAAUUUGACAGUUUACAGGAAAAAUGUUUAAAAGUUGAAUCUGAUUUUUCUGGAAUGUUCAGUGAAAUGAAUAAUAUUAAAAAUCAAUUUAAUUAUCUUAGAUCUGAAAUAGAAGAAUUAUUGCAAUAUUUGAAGGCAGCGCAUUUGAGAAUUGAAGAAAUGAAAAAUGAAUUACAAACUGUAAAAGAUGAUAAGGAAAAUGUUUCUAAAGAAUUUGAAAAAAUUUUAAAAGAAUUGAAUCAAACAAAAUUGGAAAAUAAAAAUUUACAAUCAGAAAAUGAAAAUUUAAUGAAUAAUAUUCAAAAAUUAGAGGAAAAAUUGAAGAAUUUAAAUGAAGUGAACGAGGAAAUAAAUUUUGAGAAUUUAAAUAUUCUUGCAGAGAAGAAGAAAAUUGAAUCAGAAAAGAAUGAAAUUUUAUUUGAAAAUAAUAAACAAAAAGAAGAAAUUGAUCAUCUUAAAGAAAAAUUGAAACAGCUAAAUAUGGAAAAAGAAUUUUUAAAAGAAAAUUUAGAAAAAUCAAUUUCAGAAAUAAAAGCACAAAAAGAUGAAGAAAAGAAUCAAAAUACAUUAAUUGAAACUGAAUUGCAGAAAAUGAAAAAAGAAAAUGAAUAUUUACAAGCAAAAAUUGAUGAUUUUAAUUCAGAAAUUGAUAAUUUAAAAGUAGUCAAAGAAAAAUUAGUUGACGAAAAUGAUAGAUUCAAAAAAAUUAUUGAACAAUUACAAAAAGAAAUGGAAAAACUUAAAAAUGAAAAUACAAAUUUAAAUAAUAAAAAUCUUAAUUUAGAAACUGAUUAUUCAAAUUUACAAAAUGAAAAUAAUAAUCUACGAAAUGAUAAUAUAAAGUUUAAAGAAAAUUUAGAUAAAUCAAUGGUUGAUUUAGAAAAAUUAAACAAAGAUUAUAUAAAUAUGAAAACAGAAAAUGAAGAAAUGAAAAAUAAUUUAGAUGAAAUAAAAAAUGAAGUUGUAGUGUUGAAAAAUAAUUUAAAAAAUUUAUCCCAAGAAAUGGAAAAUGUGAAAAAUGUGAAAAAUUCAUUACAAUCAAAACUAACAGAUUUUGAAAAAUUAAAAAUAGAAAAUGAAAAUUUAACGUCUAAAUUGAAUGAAAUUAUUCACGAUAAUGAAACACUGAAAAAUGUGGUAAAUUCCACAAAGAGUGAAAAUUUGAAAUUAAAAAAUGAAGGCGAUUUGGAAAAAGAAGAAAAAGAAAAGGCAAAUGAAGAAAUUAAAUUCUUAAAAAAAGAAAAUGAACAAAUGUCACGUGAUUUUGAUAAAGCUAAAGGGGAAAUAAAUUCUUUACAAGAAGAAGGUAAUCGAAUUAAGUCAGCGUUAGAAGAUAUGAAAAUAAAAAAAGAAGCUAUUGAAGAUGAAUUAAAUGCUUUGAAAAAACAAUUAAAAGAUUUUCUAAUUAAAUUCGAUGAAUUGAAAAACGAAAAUUUUAAAUUAAAAUCAGAAAUUGAUAAAUUUGAAAAACAAAAAAAUGAUCUUGAUAAUGAAUUAUCGAGUCUUGUUGAUGAGAAAUCAAAUUUAAAAACUGAAUUAUCAAAAUUAAAAUUUGAACUAGAAAAAAUUCUCAAAGAUAACGAUAAAUUGAAAAAAGAAAAUAAUGAUAUGAAAGAAGAUAAUGAAAAAAUGCAAAAAGAACUUGGUAUUUCAAAAAACGAACAUGACAAGCAAUUUGAAGAAGAAGAAAAUCUAAAAAAAGAACUAAAAUCACAAUUAAUUAAUACUCAAACCGAGAAUGAAAAAUUAAAAAAAGAAAUUGAUAAUUUAAAAAUAAAUUCUAAGAAUUUAAAUGAAGAAAUAAAUAAUCUCAAAGCAGAAGAUGAAAAAUUGAAGAAAUUACUCAAUACAUUGAAAAUUGAGAAUGAAACAUUAAAGAAUCAAAUUUUUAACUUAGAAUCCGAAAAAAUGAAACUUUUAAAAGAAUUGUUUAAUUUGAGGGAAGAAAUAGAGAAAUUGAAAAAAGAAUUGAUACUCGAUAAAAAUACUAAAGAAACGGCAUUGAAAGAUGUAACUAAUCUUCAAUCGGAAUUAUCAGCAAUGAGAAGUGAACUGGAAAAGACGAGAGCAGACAAUGAACGUUUAAAAACCGAUCUUGAUGAAAUGAAGCGAAAUCUAAAGACUUUGAAAAGUGAAAAUGAAAUUUCGAAACUUGAACUCGAGAAAUUAGAGAAGAACUUAAUUUCACUAAGAGGAGAAAAUUCGAAUUUAAAUGAAGAACUAAAAAAUUCGAAAACCAAUUUAGAUAAAGUAACAGUUGAUAAAACUGAUAUUGAAAAGGAAAUAAUUAAUUUAAAAACAAUAAACGAUGAAUUAAAAAAAUAUCAUCAAGAUUGUGAAUUAAAAACCAAAAAAUUUGAAAAUCAACUUCAAAAUCUUCAGAAGGAAAAAGGAAAUUUAGAAUUAGAACUUGAAAAUGUUAAAUUAAAAUUAGAAAAAUUGAUGCAAAAUUUAACAGCUGAAUCAUUAGCUAAAGAUGCCGCUAAUAAGGAACUCGAGGCUUUAAAAAAUUCUUUCGCUAAUUUAAGAGACGAAAUUUUAAAAUCUAAUCAAGAAAAUGACAAAUUACUAUUGGAAAAUGGUAAUUUCAAGAAAAAAUUCAAUAGACAGAAGAGUGAGGGUCAGGAAAAUUUACAAAAAAUUGAAGACAAUAAUGAAAAAUUGAAAGUUGAAAUUAAUAAAUUAAAGAAAGAAUUAGAAAAAUACAGAUUGGAUAGAGAUGAUUUUGAAAAAAUAAAAACAAAAUUAAUAAAUGAAAAUAAAAAAUUACAGAAAGAAUUCGAUGAAGAAAAAAAGAAAUUCAAUAAAAUUAGUGGCGAAUCAAAAAAAAUGAAACAAGAAUUAGACAAUUUAAUGAAAGAAUUAAAUAAAACAAAAAAUGAAAAUUUAGAACUCGAUUGUCAAAUAUUGAAACAAAAUGAAAAAUUACGAAUUGACAAUGAAAAAUUAAAAGAAGAAAUUGAAAAAUUAAAAAUUGAAAGUAAAACUUCAUCUGAUAGCGACAAAUCUGGUGAUUUUCUUAAAUUCAAUGAGCUUUUAAAAAUGAAAAUUCAGACACAGAAUGAUGCUAUCGAUCGUAUAAGAGAAUUUAUAAAAUUCAUCGGAGAUAGAGAUAAAAUAAAACCAAAAAUGAGAGAAAUUUUUAAAUCAGAUGAUGAGUUGGGUAAUUGGCUAAUUCCAGCAGUUAAUGAAUUAAUGAAAAAGUCAGAAAAAUUAUCGGAAAAUAUUUUUAAUACUGAACAGGAAAUACAAAAUCUCAAUGUUUUUCUUCAACAAAAGAUUAUUGGAGAUUCAGAUAUAAGGGAUUUUGACAGUGAUUCGUGGUUGAAAUCAUUGACAUUGAGCCAAUUAGCUGAGGUUCAUGAUAAAAUUUGUCAUCAAACGUCAUCGAUAAUUGAAGAGGACAAUGAUUUAUUUACACCUGAAGGGAAAUUUAUCGAUAAUCAACCACAACAAACAACAAAAAUGUUAAAUAAUCCAUUGGAACGAGAUUAUGAUAAAGUUAAUAAAAGAAUUGCUGCACUUCAAAGGCAUAUUGAUGAAAAAAAAUUAGAGGCUUCACGAAAAAUGAACGAAAUGAAACGAUCACUUCGUCAAGAGCAACUUCAUUUGAUUCAAUUAGCUGAAGAUAUGGUACAUCAGAAGAAAUUAAAUUUUGACUAUCAAAUGAUUAUUGAUCAGGAUCCUUGUUGGAUUAAUGAUUGUCAAGCUGAUUGUGGCGAUCUUCGAAAGAAAAAAAAUUCCACAGAUGUUGAAAAAUAAUGAAAACGAAAAUUUUAAUUAAAAUAAUAAAUAAAAUUAAAUAAUAAAUUUUAAUAAUAAUAAUAAUAAUAAAUAAAUAAUAAAUUUUAAUUUUUAAUAA